AAUCCUAAAUUUUUCAGUUCGCGUCUCCUAGAAGCAUCCACAUCUCAACUCACCACGCCACCAUGCGGACAGCGGCCACCAUUCGUUCCCAGUGUCGGUCAUUCCGUACUGCCAGCACCUUUGCACCCUCGCGAUGCCUGCGAGUCGCAGCUAGGGCCCCUCAUGCCAGCUACAGCACCGCUGUGCUGCGAAGGGCAGCAUUCCCGGUGGCACUCAACAAGAUUGGAAACUACAGAUAUGCCUCUGGCGCUGCUGCCACUCAGGCAGCUGAGGCCGAGGAGGAAGUCUCUGGAGAGAUCCCCAUCGAGACGGUGGUUGCGGGGCUGGCCCCGGAAGAUGCCGCACGAUUGGACAAAGUCCGUAACAUCGGAAUUGCCGCACACAUUGAUUCCGGCAAGACAACCUGUACUGAGCGAGUUCUUUUCUACACCGGACGGACCAAACAUAUUCACGAAGUGCGUGGCAAGGAUGGUGUCGGUGCGAAGAUGGAUUCCAUGGACCUCGAGCGAGAGAAGGGAAUCACCAUUCAGUCUGCGGCAACUUUCUGUAACUGGAUGAAGAAGGACGACAACGGCGUCGACCAGAAGUACCACGUCAACUUGAUUGAUACUCCCGGCCAUAUUGACUUCACCAUUGAGGUUGAGAGAGCGCUGCGAGUGCUGGAUGGAGCUGUUCUGGUCUUGUGUGCGGUUUCCGGUGUGCAAUCUCAGACCAUCACUGUCGACAGGCAGAUGAAGCGUUACGACGUUCCCCGAGUUUCGUUUAUCAACAAGAUGGACCGUAUGGGCGCCAACCCAUGGAAGGCCGUGGAACAGAUCAACAAGAAAUUGAAGAUUGCCGCUGCUUCGCUGCAGGUCCCCAUUGGUGUCGAGAACGGCUUCAAGGGAGUUGUGGACCUUGUAGAGAUGAAGGCUGUCUACUUCGAAGGACCCUCUGGACUCAAUGUAGUCGAGAAGGACGAGAUCCCCGCAGAUCUGCAGAAGCUCUGCGAGGAGAAGCGCCUCGUGCUCAUUGAGACCCUCGCCGAUGUCGACGAGGAGAUCGCCGAGGUCUUCCUCAACGAAGAGACUCCAUCCAUUCCUCUGAUCAAGGCCGCUAUCCGUCGCUCCACCAUCGCCCGCACGUUCACCCCCGUCGUCAUGGGAUCUGCCUUGGCCAACACUGGUGUUCAGAAGAUGUUGGACGCUGUCGUCGACUACCUGCCCAACCCGGCUGAAGUGCCCAACAUCGCUCUCGACCGCCGCCGCAAUGAGGCUAAGGUCACAUUGGUUCCUUACGGAGCUGAGCCUUUCGUCGGAUUGGCUUUCAAGCUUGAAGAAGGAAACUACGGACAGUUGACCUACAUCCGUGUGUACCAGGGUACCCUGAAGAGGGGUAUGAACGUGUACAAUGCGAAGACCGGAAAGAAGGUCAAGGUUCCUAGGAUUGUGCGUAUGCACUCCAACGAGAUGGAGGAUGUGCAGGAGAUUGGUGCCGGAGAAAUUUGCGCCGUCUUCGGUGUCGAGUGCUCCUCCGGUGACACUUUCACCGACGGAAACCUCCCCUACUCCAUGAGCUCCAUGUUCGUCCCCGAACCGGUUAUCUCGCUCUCAAUCAAACCAAAGAACAACAAGGAGAGUGCCAACUUCUCCAAGGCAAUGAACCGCUUCCAGCGUGAGGACCCUACUUUCCGUGUUCAUGUCGACACCGAGUCGCAGGAGACCAUCAUCAGCGGCAUGGGAGAGCUCCAUCUUGAUAUUUACGUCGAGCGCAUGCGCCGUGAAUAUAACGUCGACUGUAUUACCGGUCAACCCCAGGUCGCCUACCGUGAGACCAUCGCGGAGCGUAUUCCCUUCGACCACACUCUCAAGAAGCAGACCGGAGGUGCCGGAGAUUACGCCCGAGUCGUUGGAUGGAUGGAGCCUACCGGUGAAAUCAAGGAGAACAAGUUUGAGCAGCAGAUCACCGGAGGUUCUAUCUCUGAGAAGUUCCUGUUCGCUUGUGAAAAGGGAUUCAUUGCGGCAACCGAGAAGGGACCCUUGCUCGGCCACAGGGUCUUGGGUACAUCCAUGGUGAUCAACGACGGAGCCACACAUAUGACCGAUUCCUCGGAAAUGGCAUUCAAAAUCGCCACUCAGCAGGCGUUCCGCAAGGCCUUCUUGGCCGCUAAGCCCAUGGUCUUGGAGCCGCUCAUGAAGGUCGCCAUCUCGGCUCCCAACGAGUUCCAGGGAGCCAUCGUUGGCCUGAUGAACAAGCGUAACGCUGUCAUCGAGGAGUCCGAUAUCGGAGUUGACGAGUUCACCCUCACGGCCGCGUGCUCGCUCAACGCCAUGUUUGGGUUCUCGUCGCAGCUGAGAGCUGCCACCCAGGGCAAGGGAGAGUUCACCAUGGAGUUCAGCCACUACUCGCAGGCACCACCGCAGAUGCAGAAGGAGCUCAUCGCGAAGCACGAGAAGGACCAGGCGGAGAAGCUGAAGAAUAAGAAGUAAUCGAUCGAUGUGUGGAAAAACGGCGUGUUUCUUUUUCUUUCGUUUUUUUUUUGGGACCGGACACUACUGGACUGGGUUGGGCUGGGGUUAAUCUGUACUAUAUCAUUCUUUUGUUUACGAAACGAUCUAUGUUCUAUGAUCUAUGGUGUAGCUGGCUGGGAGGAAUGGCGAUGUCGGAAAUAGAUGGAUGGGUUAGAUGCAUGGUAGAAUGUGUCUUGCGCGAUCGUGGGCUACGGCUUGCAAACUCUACUC